UUCCACGUGUCCUAGCUAGCGCAACAGUAACCCCGCGGUAAUGGCCGCACCGUCCUGGGUGAGGGGGGGUCUCACCUAGGGACGGACGCACCGGGCGUACGAUAGCUACAGCCAAUCACAAUCGACAGUGGCAUUUCCAUAAUUACAUUGCGGAAGGAGCCCGUUUUCGUCUAUCAAUUUCUUCUGUUAUAUUGUUUCUCCCCCCCGCGCGACCGCGAGCCGAAGCAAUCCUCAUCUCCACUCGCGCUAUUCCCACUCACCAUUUUUUCUCUCCAAAAAGAAGAGCGAGAGAAGAGAGAGAGAGAGAGAGAGAGAGAGAGAGAGAGAGAGAGAUGGGAGGAGGGCGCGAGGUAGUUACAUCGUUGGAUGGGGUAAGAGACAAGAACGUGAUGCAGCUCAAGAAGCUCAACACUGCCCUUUUCCCCGUCCGUUACAACGACAAAUAUUACGCAGAUGCCCUUUCCUCCGGCGAGUUCACUAAACUAGCAUACUAUAGCGAUAUUUGUGUUGGUUCAAUUGCAUGCCGCCUUGAGAAAAAGGAAGGAGGGGCUAUUCGUGUUUACAUUAUGACACUGGGUGUUUUGGCUCCAUACCGUGGACUAGGAAUUGGUACGAAGCUGUUGAAUCAUGUUUUGGAUCUGUGCUCGAAGCAAAACAUCUCAGAGAUUUACUUGCAUGUGCAAACCAACAACGAAGAUGCCAUUACCUUCUAUAAGAAAUUCGGCUUUGAAAUUACAGAAACCAUUCAAAACUAUUACACAAACAUCACUCCACCUGACUGCUAUGUUCUUACCAAGUUCAUUGCUCCAGCUCAACUGAAGAAAUGAUCCGGUGACGCCCAUUUUCUGCAGAAACCCAUAUUGGUGGAUGGCUUGAAUCAAAGAUUCAUACGCAUCGGUUAAAUUCACAGAAGAGGUUUGGAGGUCUAGGUUUUUAAAGGCUGCGCUCGAUAUGCUAAAAUAUGAAUGUUUUUGGUUCAAAUAUGUUGUUAAUCAUUAAUUGUCAUGGUGUCUUUGCACUACAUGUGCCUCAGUUCAGACCUCUUUGCUAGCUUUGCAGAUGAAAUCUCUACUAGUUUAUGGGGAUAUGAAGAGGUCUGGAUUGAACAUUCAAGCUUUAUUAGGUCAAAAUUUUUAUUGAAUUUAAUAGAAAGAGUAAAGAUGCUUUCAAGUGGGAUUGA